AUGUUCAAGAUGCCUCCCAAGAUGCUCCUGGGACUCUCUCGGCUUCUUCAGCAGGCUCACCUGGGGCUGCUUCUGCUUGCAGCACUGGCAGUGGCGCAGCACGGGCGCUCCACCGGUGCGGUCGUUACUUCUCGUCGAGUGCACGACUCUUGCGGGCACUUUCCCGUCGCCAACAUUACCACGGUGUCCUCCAACGCUACCGCAGUCAUCUACAACGGAACCAGGGUGGCCGUCACGACCGGAGCUCUCGUAGCAGGCAAGGACCUCAUCGUGGUUGCUGACACCUGCAUCAUCAACAGUGGCAACUACACAUCACCUGGCCGCAACAUUGUUUUGCUGUGCAAUGACGUGCUCCAGGUGCAAGGCGCAGUGCAGUUCAACGUGAAUGGAGAGGCCGGUAGCACCAAUAAGCCAGGGGGCAAUGCCGGCAACAUCGUCAUCUCCGCCCGGAAAACGUCAGAGGACGGAAAGCAGGGCGGUACUGGUACACCUGGAACGAAUGGCGGAGCAGGCGGCAACGGAGGCCAAGUUCGCAUCACGGCAAUCAGCGCCAACAGCACCGUUGUCAGCGUCUCUGGUGGUCAUGGCGGACAAGGCGGAAAAGGCGGCCCAGGCGGAGCUGGAGGACAAGGAGGCAAAGGAGGCUUGGCCUUCAUCCACACAUGCUGCUUGGACCUUCUCGGCUGUCACUGCCACUGCAACCAAGAUCACAGUUGUGGAGAUGGCAAACCUGGCUCUCAAGGGGCCACUGGGCUGUCUGGUGCAGAUGGACAAAACGGUUCUCCAGGGCAUGAUGGCUCCUACCAGUUUAUCGCGUGCUCCGGUGCAGCGUCGGUCGUUCACGACAUUGACGUGACGUGCUAA